CGUCUGUCUCCUGAACCCCGGAACCACGGGGCCGGAUGGUGGGCCGGUCGGAGAGGUCCGUCGAGGGAGCCGUUCCCCCGCGGCGCUCUGGGUCGCGGCGCCAUGAGGCUAGCCUUCCGCGCACUGGGCGGCGCCGCCGGGGUCGCCUGGCGAGAGAGCUUCCCCCUGGGCGGUCGCGACGUGGCGCGCUGGUUCCCGGGCCACAUGGCCAAGGGGCUGAAGAAGAUGCAGAGCAGCCUAAAGUUGGUGGACUGUAUCAUCGAGGUCCAUGAUGCCCGGAUAUCCUUUAGUGGUGGCCGCAACCCUCUGUUUCAAGAAACCCUUGGGCUUAAGCCUCAUGUGCUGGUCCUCAACAAAAUGGACUUGGCGGAUCUGAAAGAGCAGCAGAAAAUUAUACAGCACUUAGAAGGAGAAGGCCUAAAAAAUGUUGUUUUCACCAACUGUUUACAGGAUGAGAAUGUCAAGCAGAUAAUCCCGACGGUCACGAGACUGGUGGGGAGCAGCUGCCGCUAUCAUCGAGGAGAGAGGCUGGAGUACUGUGCCAUGGUGAUUGGGAUCCCCAACGUGGGCAAAUCCUCGCUCAUCAACGCGCUCAGGAGACAGCACCUCAGGAAAGGGAAAGCUACCAGGGUGGGCGGCGAGCCUGGGAUCACCAGAGCCGUGAUGUCCAGAAUCCAGGUGUGUGAGCGGCCGCUGAUGUUCCUGCUGGACACUCCUGGGGUGCUGGCUCCUCGGAUUGAAAGUGUGGAGAUGGGCCUAAAGCUGGCCCUGUGUGGAACCGUGUUAGACCACCUUGUCGGGGAGGAGACCCUGGCGGACUACCUUCUCUGCACCCUCAACAGGCACCGGCUCUUUGGGUACGUGCGGCACUAUGGCCUGGGCGGCGCCUGUGACGACAUCGCCAGCUUGCUGAAACAGGUGGCUGUGAGACUGGGGAAGACGCAGAAGGUGAAAGUGCUCACGGGCACGGGUGACGUGAACGUCAUCCAGCCCAACUACCCUGCGGCAGCCCGAGACUUCCUCCAGACCUUCCGCAGGGGGCUGCUGGGCCCAGUGAUGCUGGACAGGGAUGUCCUGCAGAGGUCCCCCGUGGCAGAGCCCUGAACUGGUCCAGUUGGCAGGGGCCUCACUCCUGCCUGGCCGUUGGCACCAGAGAUGCGGGGCAUCCCAGGCCACAGCCCAGAAUCUGAUGCUGGGCCUCCCUUUUCCAGAAGCUCCAUGCUGGUCACUAUCCACUCAGGUCUCUACGCCAGGAAGGAACCUGUACCUCCUGCUGCCCCACAGCCUGGCCAGCUCUUGUUGGGGACUGUGCCUGGGGUCUGGACGUCAGGGCUGACGAAGUCCCUAAGCUGUCCCUGGGUGUCUCAACUGUGCCGAGUAUCUCUCAGGGGGAAGAUGAUGCUUUCUCAGGAGGACGUGAACGUACAGUCUGCAAUUUAAAAGUCUCACAAGGCCAGUCUCUGCUGGUGGCUCGUUUGCUGUGCACCAGGAGCACCUUGGGCUCACAUGUUAACGUCUCUCCAAAACGACACAAAAAAUGGGAUAUGAACUGCUUAGUGAGUAAGGCCUGUGUUUUGGGGCCUUGGUGGUACCCUGGGUCCUGCAGUAAAGAAGAGUCUGUUUGCCA